GAUGCUGCGCGUUCUCCCAGAAGCUUCGUAUUCUUGAUUCAUUCCUUCAUCAUGGCAGUAUAAUCAUUUUAAGAUGACAUUAUCCUUCACAUUGCACUUAGUUACUAAAAUCUGGCCAGUGAAAUAAGUUGCCGAAAUUUCAGUGAAACAAACAGAUUUUGUCUCAAAUGGCGGGUCCAGUUUUUUUCACAAGAAUACCAAUAUUGAAGAACUGUUCCACUGCUUCAUUAAUUAUACGUUUUGUGCGAAUCUUCACCUCAAACUGUCCAGAUGACACAUUUAAGGAGAACGACUUUUUACUACAAAAUCUUUCCACUUUAGGUGUUGACAUCAAAAUGGUUAGGCGCCGGCAGCCUGGUAUUUUAAGGAAGCAGAUUACCAAUGAGAAUGGUCUAGUAAGCUUCUUAAAAAGUAAAGGUGCAGAGGACAAGACAGUGGCCAGUAUUAUCUCACGAUAUCCUCGUUCUAUUACUAGGUCCCACGAACACCUGGAAAAGCGCUGGCUUCUCUGGAGGAGUGUCUUCAAGGAUGAUGCUGAAAUUAUAAAGAUUAUUAAACGGUCUCCUGAAUCAUUCUUUCGUUCUAGUGACAAUGAUAACCUGGAAAAAAAUAUUGCUUAUCUGUGUUCACUGGGACUGACUUCCAAGGAUCUUCAUCGUUUGCUUACCACAGCUCCAAGGACAUUUUCAAACAGUCUGGAACUUAAUCAACAAAUGGUUGAAUUUCUUCAAGAUAUCUGCUGUAGUCUUGGUGGAAAACAUAAAGAAAUUUUUGCAAAACAAAUUAUUUCAAAGAAUGUUUAUGUUCUCAUCCGUAGCACAAAACGUCUCAAGGCUAAUAUUGACUUUCUUCAGGAUGUUUUGCAUUUAAAUAAUGAAGAAUUACUCCACUUGUUGCAGGGCAGUGUGAGUGAAAUUUUAGAUCUAUCAAAUGAAUAUAUCAAAAGGAAUUUUAAAAGUUUGGAAGAGAAGUUAGAUUUACUUGGUUGCACCAAGGAACAAACCACAAAAUUUAUAAUUAAAUACCCGCUUGCAUUGUAUGUAUCUUCAGAGAAUUUAAAUAAUAAAAUAAAUUGUCUACUUCAAGGGGGUAUUACUAUUAAUCAGAUUUUAGAAAAACCAAAGGUGCUAGAUUUUAGCAUUGAAAAUAUUAAAGGCAGACUAAAAAUAUUAGAGGAAAUUGGAUACAGUUUCAAAGAAAAUGGGAUUUCAAUUUUGGACUGUAGCAGAACACGUUUUGAAGUUAAGCUAAACAAAUUAAUAAGUAUUAAAAAUUAAUGAUGAGUUGUUAUUGGAAAAUAAUGUGGGCAAUUGAACAUCUGAAUGAACCAAAGUUGAUCUGAAAUGUGUCAGUGCAGAAGCUUUGCAAAAUGUUAAGAUCUUAUUCCAGUUAAAUUUCUAAAUUAUAAUAAAAGGUUUAUUUUGUCAAA